AUGAUCUCUAUGAGAAACAUUUUAACUAAAAGAAAUUUAGCUACGGCAGCUACUAAAGCAACUUCAGCAGCCCCAAGAUUAAAGACCUUUAAGAUUUACAGGUGGAAUCCUGACAAACCACAAGAAAAGCCAAGAUUGCAAGAUUACCAAGUCGAUUUAAAUGAAUGUGGUCCCAUGGUUUUGGAUGCUUUGCUUAAGAUUAAAGAUGAGCAAGACCCCACUUUAACUUUUAGAAGAUCUUGUAGAGAAGGUAUCUGUGGUUCCUGUGCCAUGAAUAUUGGUGGUAGAAACACUUUGGCCUGUCUUUGUAAGAUCGACCAAAAUGAAUCAAAGAACUUGAAGAUAUACCCACUACCACAUAUGUAUAUUGUCAAGGAUCUAGUCCCAGAUUUAACCAAUUUCUAUCAACAAUAUAAAUCUAUUAAACCUUUCUUACAAAGAAAAUCUUUCCCGGAAGAUGGUAGGGAAGUCUUACAAAGCAUCGAGGACCGAAAAAAGUUAGAUGGUUUGUACGAGUGUAUUCUUUGUGCAUGUUGUUCCACUGCAUGUCCAUCUUACUGGUGGAACCAAGAAGAAUAUUUAGGUCCCUCCGUUUUACUACAAGCCUACCGUUGGUUAAUCGAUUCCAGAGAUCAAGCCGUCAAAGAGAGAAGAAAGAUGUUACAAAACUCAAUGUCUUUAUACAGAUGUCAUACUAUCAUGAACUGUACCAAAACUUGUCCAAAGGGUUUGAAUCCAGGCCAAGCUAUUGCUGAAAUUAAGAAACAAAUGGCCUUCACUUGA